AUGGCUCUCAAGCGCAUCAACAAGGAACUCACUGAUCUCGGCCGUGAUCCGCCGUCGUCUUGCUCUGCUGGCCCUGUUGGCGAAGACCUGUUCCACUGGCAAGCAACGAUUAUGGGACCUGGCGACUCACCAUACUCCGGUGGUGUCUUCUUCCUUGCUAUCCAUUUCCCUACCGACUACCCUUUCAAGCCACCAAAGGUUAACUUCACCACUCGCAUCUAUCACCCCAAUAUCAACUCCAAUGGCAGCAUUUGCUUGGACAUUCUGCGAGACCAAUGGAGCCCUGCUCUCACCAUCUCUAAAGUGCUUCUUUCCAUUUGUUCCAUGCUUACCGACCCCAACCCCGACGACCCUCUUGUACCCGAGAUUGCUCAUGUAUACAAGACCGAUCGACCCCGAUACGAGGCUACGGCUAGGGAAUGGACUCGGAAAUAUGCUGUCUAA